ACAUCUGCUGCAUCAUUUGUUUUUUAGGGUUUUAGGGAAAAUCCGGGUUUAUAUCGUGUAUCAACAGCUUCUUCACAUUCGAGCUUAUCAUCGCCGACUCAACCGGUCACUCUCUCCUGCUAUAUUUUCUCCGACAACCUUCAACGUUCAUCACUUUCUUCAAUGGGCAAGAAGAAAUUCAUCGAUAAGAAAAACUCUGCAACUUUUCAGUUAUUCGCGCGAGAUUAUUCCGAUCCAAAUUAUGACGAUGGACCCUCCGGCGACCGAGUUUUUGUGAGAGUCGACAACAACCCUUACUCAAUCGACACCUCCUUUGACGAAACCAACGAUGCCGUUUCAGGCGACGCCCAAUUUAUCGUAGCCGAUGACCCCAGUUCAAUAUUUGCCGACGCACCUGACGACGAUGACGACGCCGGUGAUGUUGUUUCUGGGAAUUCACAGAGAGCUCCGCUGCCGGAUCAUGUAAGGAGAGAAAUCUUAGAGCUAGGGUUUCCUGACGAUGGCUAUAACUACUUAACUCAUUUGAGAGAGAUAAAAAACACCGGUGGUGGUUCUGCUUAUUAUCAUAAUAGUAAGGCCAAUCUCGAUCAGCUUUCGCAAGAUGUUAAGGCAUAUGAUGCUUCAAGAGUAGGGAUUGCUAAAACCAGUGGCGAUGCCAGUGAUAAGUCGAUUUACAGUGUUGCAUCAAAGACUGUUGGUGUGAGGGUCCAGAAAGCUGUUGAUCCUGAAGUGUCUGCAUUGCUGGAUGACAGUGAUUUGUCGCGAUUUGGGUCUGAUGUUGAGGACUUGGAUGAGGAUUUUGUGGUUAAGGCAAACCUUGCUGAAGAAUCAGAGGAUGAAGAAUUUGCCAAGAAGUUGAGUGCCGUGGAGGAUUCCAAGUUGAACUUAAAGGAAAUCAAUGAUUCAAAUACUUCUUGUUCACAAGAAAAUUUAGCUGACUUUGUUGGUGUGGCUAAAGUCAGAAAUCACCCACUAAAAGAGUGUGUUGAUGAGAAGCUGAGAGUCCGUCGCCCCUUGGAUGAGCAAUUUGAUUUGCUUGAACUUAAUGAAUAUGGUACAGAAAGUGAAGAAGAAUGUAAUGGUUCCUUAGCUGAAGAAAAUGAAUACCAUGAAUCCCUUGCGGAAAAGCUCAAUCAUGCUCUUAAGGUCCGUGCUAUGGAUGACUUGGAACUGGAUGAAAAAUACAAGGUUCCUUCAGAUUCUCCUGAUGUGAUUCAACGGUGUAUGGAAUAUGCAGAAAAGUAUGACAAUGACAAUCAAGACGAGGAUGUGGUGAUUCUACAGGAAAGUAGUGAUGAGUCAGAAAUGUGGGAUUGUGAUACUAUCAUUUCUACGUAUUCAAAUGUUGAUAACCACCCUGGGAAAAUUGAUGCUCCAGAAAGGAGAAAGUUGGCUGAAAAGAAAAGCCAAGUGAUAUCUCUUAAAGGAAAAGAAAAGCUUCCUGUGGAUUUUUUGCCUCGCAGUAAAAAAUCUGCUAGUGAAAAGACGAAGGAAGUGAGUAGCUUGAGGACGGAGCAGCAGAAGAGGAAGCAACAGGGUCCAGAGUCAAAGGAGGAAAAGAAAGAGCGAAAGGCUGCUGUGAAGGAGGAACGGCGAGAGGCACGUCGUGUGAAGAAGGAAAUAAAGGGGCUCUACAGGUGUGAAGCCCAGCGUGCACAGAAAGUUGCCGCAUUUACUGGUCCAUCUUCCAUUCAUCUUAUGUGAUUUGGUGUCAGGUUCUUCGUCAACACGAAAUGAACUUUUCCAUCUGGAUGUUCUCGGUUCCCAAUUUUGGCUGAACCGCUGCAACAGUGGCAAUACGUUUUGCACUUUUGGAUUGCCGUGACAAUGGAGUUGCUAAUGAUAGCAUGAGAAGGGUCCGUUUGUCAACCAAUUUGCUUUCCUGUUGAUGAUUUAAGCUUAAACUUAAGUUGUGUUUAUGUUAUGUUGUUAUUUAUCAAUAAAUAGAAACAUUGUUUGAUAACACAAAAA